AUGUCAUCUCGACAUCGUUUUCUUCAACGAUCAAUUACGCAUGCUUCAUUUCAUAAUCGUCUUACUGAAGAAGAUGUUAUGUGGCGUCGACGUGAACAUGAACAAGAAGAUGCAGAACAAAAUAAUAAAAAACGACGAUAUCGAUCCCGAUCACCACCUUAUGAAAAACGAAAACGGUAUUCUCGAAAACAUCGUUCAUCAUCUUCACCAAAUGAUGAAAGUAAAAACAACAACAAAAAUAAUAAUAAUAACCAAAUUGAUAUUGAAUUUGGUCCACCAUUACCAACGAAUCUGGGUAUAAAUGCUGAUCGAUGGGAUCAUGCUUUUUUUAUGCAACGAUAUCCAGAUGAAUAUGAAAAACAAAUAAAUGAAUCCAAACGAGAACAUUCUACAAGUAGUGAGGAUAAGAAAAAAAAUAAACAAAAACAUUCCAAACAUCAUCAACAUAAAAGAAUGGAUGAAGAAAAUAAAAAGAAAAGUAAACAAAGACAUAGAUCACGAAGUUAA